GAACAAUGUGUGGUGAUGAGCGGGGGAGAGCAGACACACUACUGAUGAAGAAGAUGGUGACAAAGGAUCACUGGGAAUUCCUGGAAGAAUGGGCAUAAAGGGCCAGUCUGGUGAGAAGGGUGCACCAGGGGAGCCGGGCAUGUCCAUCAUCGGGCCGCGCGGACCUCCUGGCCAGCCAGGAUCGAGAGGAUUCCCUGGAUUCCCGGGCCCAAUUGGUAUGGAUGGAAAACCGGGUCUGACAGGUCUGAAAGGUGACAUGGGUACAAAGGGACUUAAAGGAGAUUAUGGUGACCCUGGCCUCAAAGGUGAAAAGGGUGUGUGUGGAGACUAUGCUCACAGGCUAUUACCUAUCCUGAACACUGUGCGCACGCUGUCUCCACUGACGCCUGUAAUCAGAAAGCGGUACCAGGGUGAGCAGGGGCAGGCUGGGAUUCAAGGACCCCCUGGACCCCCAGGCCCCCCUGGGCCCCUAGGGGCCACAGGACCAUCAGGGCCCAGCGGAACUCCGGGGAAGCCUGGUGAAACUGGGAAGCCAGGGAAAGAUGGCAAGGGUGAACCAGGAAUUCCAGGCUUACCUGGGAGAAAGGGAGAUGGUGGUGAGCCAGGCCCCCCUGGACCUGCAGGCCCACAGGGCUCAAAGGGAGACAGAGGCUUCAAGGGAGUGGAAGGGAAAACAGGCCAGCAAGGAGAGAGAGGAGAAAAGGGAGAGCGGGGAAUGCCUGGAAUGCCAGGGAAACCAGGAGUGAAGGGGGAGCCGGGUUUGCGGGGCCCUCCAGCACAAAAGGGAGACCCUGGAAAACCAGGAGAGGCUGGCAUCCCCGGUAUUCCUGGGAAGAGAGGUUAUAGGGGGGAUAAAGGGAGUCCUGGAGAGCCUGGAUUGCCUGGUUUCCCUGGAACGAAGGGCGAGAAGGGCGAGCCGAGCACUGCAGCCAAUGGAAUCAAAGGAGAGCCAGGCGUGCCAGGGAUGCAGGGGGAGAAAGGAGACAAGGGCUUAAAGGGUGACCCUGGAGUUCCUGGACCAGAAGGACCAUCUGGACCAAGAGGUCCACCCGGUCCAGCAGGGGAACCUGGAAAGACAGAGAUGCUCGACUACAACAGCAAUGUGGAUGAGAAGCUGCAGGAAAUAAGGACACUAGCUUUGCUGGGUCCCCCUGGGCUACCAGGGCCCCCCGGCCCCUCAGGAACACCAGGAAUGAAGGGUUCAUCUGGUCUACCAGGGCCCCCCGGCCCCUCAGGAACACCAGGAAUGAAGGGCGAAAUGGGGUUACCUGGUGCACCAGGUCUUGAUGGGGAGAAGGGCCCCCGAGGGAAAGCAGGUGAGCAGGGUCCCCCUGGCCCCGAGGGCCCCAAAGGCAGGGAUGGUUUAACCGGACAGACCGGGGAGCCAGGAAUCAUGGGCUUCACUGGGCCGAAAGGAGACAAGGGAGACGUCGGUCCAGCUGGUUCUCCGGUUAGUGGCCCCCCAGGUCCCCCAGGAGCAGAGGGACCAGCCGGCCCCCUGGGACCUCCAGGACUUUCAGGGUCAAAGGGUGAGGCAGGAAGAGAUGGCCGGAAGGGUGACAAGGGGGAUCUGGGAGAGAAGGGAGAGAAAGGAGACAGAGGCCCUCUGGGAUUGCCCGGUGCUCAUGGUUUAGACGGCAGGCCUGGCCCAGCGGGAGUUAUGGGACCAAUGGGUGCACCAGGGCCAGCAGGACCAAAAGGAGAGGGGGGAGACAAGGGAGACCCUGGAUCUGCAGGACCAGCCGGGACCCCAGGAAUCCCUGGUUUAGUAGGACCACCGGGAGAGAAAGGAAACCGGGGGGAGAGGGGAAAGAGAGGCAACAGGGGGAACAAAGGGGAUAAGGGAGACCAAGGAGCACCUGGAUUGGAUGCACCAUGUCCUCUGGGUGAAGAUGGCUUGCCGGUGCAGGGAUGUUGGAAUAAAUGAUGAAUUUAACCCUGGAAUGGCAUGUGUGAUUGUACAGAGAAUAUUUAUUUUUUUACUUUUCUUUUAUUUGAUUUUUUUGUGCUUGCUCUCUAUGUUUUAUGGCAGAAGAAGAAACCAAACAAACAAUUGUAGUAUUUUAAUAUGGGCCUAUUUUGUACAGAAUUGUACUAUUUUAAUACGUGCCUAUGUUGUACAGAAUUCUGGAUUAUGUUUCGAUAGGAAUCUGUUUUUUUGUAUCGAUUAAGAAAUGCCGCUGUAUCAUUUGCAUGAUAUUUGUGCAUUACUGUCUGUGAUGGGAUGCUGCAUAUUAACUUAUUGUAUCAUAAUAAAUACAGAGAGACCAUGCUGCACUAAUAUGUGAAGCUGGAAAGAGCAGCUUGCUUUGUUAAAACCUGAUACGAAUGCCUGAAGAGAGCUCCAUAUUGGAGGGGGGUACAAAUGAAGGGGAUCCCUCCCUUCAGUCAAAUGGAGCUUGAGCACUUGAGAGUGGAAAGGGGGGGGGAGUUGUAACCUUUUCUGAAAGGCAACUGACACCGCCAGUGCUGAUAAAAGCAGGUACGACAGUACCAUACAGAAGAGCAACAGACAUGUAUAUACAGUACAGGACAACACAAGUCAUGUGACCGCAAAUGUAGGUCCUUGUCUGCAGGUGUUCCUGUCUAAAGGGUUUUAACUGAGGAGCUCUGACUAAUACUGAAGCGGCUCUCACCCAGGCAGCAAUCAUCGCUUUGUAUGUGCCUUUAUAAAAGUGUCUUGAAGUUUACUUGUUGGGCAAAAAUUAAAAAUAAAAUAUCAGUUUGAACCACCAGCCUAAAUGUAACAUAUUAACAUCCAGUAACAUACUUAUUUUAUAUGAAGAAUUAUUUCUGGCUUGGUGAACAUGUAUACACACUGCUGUGCAAAAGUCUUAGACAUGUUGCAUUUUUCUGCUCUGAUGCAUUAUGAGUUGAACAGAACUCAGGACUUAAAGGAUGUGUUGCAGUAAGAAUACCUCUGUUAAGAAAGGGGAACAAGACUAAAAGGCUAAAAUAUGCACAAGAACACAGAAAUUGGACUAUGGAACAAUGGUCAAAGGUGUUUUGGACUGCUGAUGGAUGGACAACAACACCUGUGCCUUCUUCCAGUUCUGUUGUCAAUUCAACGCUUGUCUUCUUUCUAUUCCUUAACCGUUAGUGGUCCAUUUAUUCAGCGCGUCUCAGGCGCGUCAGGUCCAAUUUAUUUUCACACGCGCAGUUUAUUUUAGAUGCGCUGUUUAAAAAAGUAUUUUUUCACAGUAAAACAGGUUUAAAAGGCACUGCAUAUCAACAGGACACUCAGUACUGCAUCUCCAGCACCGCCCCACCCCUCGUUCGCUAUAUUUUUCAAAUAUCUCUUAAUAAUAGAACAUAUCGAUAAAUCAUCUCUUGAUCACUCAUUUUAUCACCAAACUCCUCAAUAAUGCGAUCCAAGUCAUUAUUUUAUUACUAUAACAUCUAAAAAAAGCUCUGCAAAUGUCUGUGAUGUUCUCUGAGCGCUGGAUGCGGAAGUAGCUAUCUUGUUUGUUUAUGUCCGUGUUAGCUAUGUGAUGCCGGGUCUAUCUGUAUUCAUGAGACACGCCCUUUUUUUUUUUUUUUUUUGGCUUCUCUCGGCUCCUUUCGGACUCACUCGGCUUUUUGAUCGCAAUGUCGGACCAGGUCAAAGGUUUAAGGAUAUUAUCUUCAAGUAUUGAUUAUCCUUCUUAGAGCUUUUUGGGUCUUCGAGUACUAGGUUUGUCAAUUACAGAUGAUGUUUCUCUGUACUUGUUGAUUAUGAUUCAGAUACCACACCUUGAAAAUCAAAUGAUGUGAGCUAUUUUCAAGCGGAGGCUUUGAGUAAAUUGUUGAUGCUCAUAAUGCAUCAGAGUAGAAAAAUGCAACAUGUCUAAGACUUUACACAGCAGUG